GGAAGUGGCGCCAAAAUUCCUGGGUGCGAGCAGCAGCAGCUCCACCUCGGAUGACCCGAGCGAGACAAGCAGCUAGACUACCAUGACCACCUUCCUCACCAAGACUCCAUCUCAUAUCAAAGGCGCAUGGUAUCGUCUCCAAAAGUCACCGACGCUCCUUCAGAUCUAGCAAAGCCCAAGCCGACUCGCCAAGACCCACCUUGCCCCUUGGCUGAGCUGGUCCAGUACGACUGCCGCAUCUCAGUACAGAGGCUGCCCGAGGGAAACGUAGAGGAGUGCAUCGUCUGCGAGGAAGUGCCCCGGAUAUUCAGAUUGUGUCCCGGACGACCCUCUGUGGAAGUAACGCGUACUGUCAAGUUUGACUCGCAAGGACGCGCAUACGAGCCACGUCGCCCUUUAGCCUAGCCUGGAAGCAGCACUCAAGCAGCAUAUCCCAUGACGGGCGGGCUAGCCUGGUCACUCAAGGGCGAGAUGGCCUACUUUCGCAAAGCCACUUCCUUUGUCCCUCCUUCAUCCC